CUACUAUUGACAAGAACGGUUUGACUUUUCUGGCCUACAAAAACGUUAAUUUGCUCUUUUAAGAUGUAUGCACAAUAGGUUAAAAUAUCCAGUAUUACGAUAUCAAAAUGAGACGAUGAAUCUUAAUGAUAGUAGAGGUACACCAUCGGAUGCCACCAUAGAAGGACCAGGAGCUGAACACAUGAAGUCCCAGGCAUUGGGAAAGUCGCGGCCGCCAUCGCUAUUGCCUGACUUGGAAGAUCCAGAUGAAACAGAGCAGGAUCUGGAAGCUCGGAUUCGAGCACAAUUGAAGAAAACUGCUAAAGAGAAUACUACCAUAGAAGGAAAACUCCUUCUAGUAUCCCAAUUCGAAACUCCCAGAGAAGUUCUGUGUUGCAAGUACAACGAGGAGUUUGAUUACUUGGCAGCUGGAGGAGCAGAUGGAGUUAUACGUGUCUAUAACAGCAACACAAUGGAAGAGUCUUUUAUUCUUUCCGACAGUGACGUGAAAGACAACAGAGCUCCCGUAACUUGCAUCAAGCAUCGGCCCGUUUCCAAAACCUACCCCAUAACGAACUGCUUCACCGGUACCUAUGCUAAUGGGUGCGUCAAAUGCUGGAGCUACAACUUCAACCAAUGCCUAUACACCAUCAGAGAGAAACGGCAGACCUUCGGUAUUGUCUACCAUCCGAGGUUUCCGAAAUUCGUCACUUUUGGGGAUGACCUUAAAGUGUACUUCUACGAUGAAGAGAGCAAAGUACAAGAAAGGAUACUGGCUGCCAGCGAUAAUCCUGAUAAGCAUGAUGGGCAUAUGUCUAGGGUCUUCGCAGCAUGCUUCCAUACAAACACGAAAACUGGAGAUAUAAGGAGGUUCAACUGAGCAAGGGAUACACGUAUUCAUAUGAAGUGUACCCUGUCGCCACGGAUGGUGUAGCUCUCCGAAAUCUAUGGGACGUAGAACAUGGCGUAGAGGGUCUGUGCACUGAAAAAUGUCAACAUAACCUGCCACAAUCUUUGUGUGGAUUUUACUCACGUUUUGCCAUGCUUUGCAGGAACAAUUAUGAGCUGAUUACCGGCGGAUGGGAUAACACCGUUCAAUUCUGGGACCUGCGCCAACCGUACGCUGUCAGGAAGAUAACUGGAGUCCACAUGGCUGGGGAGGGAAUAGAUAUAAGUGUCUCGGGAAAGGAAAUACUAACGGCGGCCUUCCAGAAAGCCAAUCAGCUUGCCUUGUGGGAUUACGGAUCCGGUAGAUGCAUUAGUGUGUUAGAACCCGACGUGUAUAAUAGCAAGUUGUACUGCGGCAAAUUCGUAACUAAAGACUUCGUGGUAACAGGAGGCACGGAUCCCAACUUGGUCAGAAUUGUGGACCUCCAGACCACAGGAACAGCUGCCGCCAUGAACUUCCUUCCAGGAGCAGUUUACUCAUUUGAUGCUGGGCAGGUACGGAAAAAGGAUGUGCCAUCAACUAUCAACAAGGAUAUAAUAAGCACCAGGGCUAAGAGUGACGCUUCUAGCAUCCCUAGGAUUGGCUUUGUAUCGUCAAGGAGACUGUAUCAAAUUGAAUUGUAUUGAUGUGAUGUUUAUAUUCCCCAAUAUAGCAAAAUGUCUCAAAUGAUAAUAUAAUGAGGUGGUUGAACCAUCGAAGGCCACCGUAACAAAUAAACAAUAAUUAUUCCUUAAUUUAC